AUGGUCCCGGCCAACCAUGUUGGCGAACUUGUGGCAGAGCACGAUUAUUCCCUCUUCUCAGCGUACCUCGACUUGGACCGCAUCAUUUCAACCUGGCACGAACAUCCCCUAAAGUCUUGGAAUUUGCAAUUCGCACCGCAGGACGUGCCACACCCGGAACCUGGCCUUCCCAUUAACGAAGCGGCACUGGAAGUUUACACUUUGCCCUUGGACGACGCCACCAAAGCCCUUUUGCGGGAAAUCAAUGAGGCGAGGACUAUAUGUCGGUCGCGCCGACCGUACAACAAGGCCAGAUCAGCGAGUCCCACACAAGACACAAAGCCGGCGAUCGAGACUGAGAUAAAGGACGAUAUGCAGCUCAAGGACGGCGAGUGGCUAGAGUGCGAGUGCUGCUUCGAAGAGGUCGCGAUUGUGUCGGUGGUCCAUUGCAACGGAGAAGAUAUACACUUCGUCUGUAUUGGCUGUGCCCGACGGAAUGCUGAAACGCAGAUUGGCCUUUCGAGACAUACUCUUCACUGCUUGUCGAGUGAUCAAUGUGAAGGCGGUUUUGACGAAAGCCAACGUCGGUUAUUCCUCGAUGAAAACCUGACCAAAGCCCUGGACCGCAUCGAAUGGAGCAACUCGCUGCAGGCGGCUGGGAUCGAGGGCCUCGCAACCUGCCCAUUCUGCGAGUAUGCCGCGGAGUAUCCGCCCGUCGAGGAGGCCCCAGUCUUCCGAUGCGAAGCGCCAAGUUGCCUGCAGCGGUCGUGCCGCAAAUGCAACAAGAAGGAUCACGAGCCCAAUGGUUGCGAGGCCGAGUAUACGGACGCCGACCUCGCGGCACGAAGGAAGAUCGAAGAGGCGAGGACGAAAGCGCUGAUCCGCAAGUGCAAUAAGUGCAGGACCCCCUUUAUCAAAGACAUGGGGUGCAACAGAAUGUGUUGCACGAAAUGCAGAAACCAACAGUGCUACCUCUGCGGCGCGUCGGUGAACGACUACUCGCACUUUGGAAACGGAUCGUCUCAGUGUAUACUGUGGGACGAGAACAUACAGAGUCGGCACGACGACGCCGUUGAAGCGGCCGAAAGAACGGCCCGCGCGAGGGUAUUGGCCCAAAGCAAGGGCAGCAUCAGCGAGGAUAAGCUCAAGAUCAACAUGGCGAAAGCCGUUCAGGAAGACGAUGAAAGGAGACGCAUCAGGACACAGCGAGGCGCGCAGCCCUUU